AUGGUGCCACCAGAGCUAGAAUUCAACAAGUAUCUCGGAAAGGGUUCAUACGGUUCGGUGAGUCUUUUCAAGUAUUCGAAACCACGCACGACUCUCUACACCGCGGUGAUGACUUGCAACUAUAAAAACGCUGAGUCUCUCGAGAAAGAGUUUGGAAUCUUGUCUGAAUUCAAGGGUUGUUCGAGAAUUGUCCAGUGCUAUGAAAACAGAGUUAUAGAGAAUCUGGACGUUGAGGGUAACAAAGAGUAUAUGAUGCUAAUGGAGUACGCAGCUGGAGGAAGCUUGAGGACUUUCAUGAAACGUUCCGAAGACAAGAAAUUGCCUGAUCCUUUGAUAAGAGAGUUUACUCGAAUGAUCCUCGAAGGCUUAGCCACAAUUCACGGACAGGGCUAUGUCCACUGCGAUCUCAAACCCGAUAACAUCCUCGUUUUCCCAAGAUGUGUCUACAAGAAGAGAGCAUGGAGAUCGUCUUACGAAUUGAAGAUUUCUGAUUUUGGAUUGUCGAAAAGAGAUGGAGACAGUAAGUGGUGGCAUCCUCAUCGUCCGUUUGUGGGAACUGCGAUCUACAUGUCGCCGGGAUCGGUUUCUCACGGCGAGACAGGGAGAGGACUUGAUUUAUGGUCAUUAGGAUGUGUGGUGUUGGAGAUGUACACUGGAAAGAAACCAUGGUGGCAUAAUAACUAUGACUUGAAGGAUCUCAAGAACUGGUACGCGCCAAUGAUUCCGAGUGAUCUUCCUUGCGAUGCAAAACACUUUAUUAUGGCUUGCUUUGCGUUAAAUACAAACGAGAGAAGAGACGCAUUGACAUUGUUGGAGCAUAGCUUCUUGCGUGGGGUGGUUAAUAAGAUCACAAAGCCUCAUGUGAAGAAUGAGAAUCCGAAAGAAAUUGCACUGGCAUUGGGGAGAGUUGUGAGGAGACCAUCAAAAGUUCUUACGUCCAUUUUCAAAAGAGCCGGAGAGUUGAUGAAGAUCAUCAAGAAGCAGCCAAGAGCACCGAGAUCCAAUUUGCUUCCUGUUCACAUUUGUCACUUAGCACAACCAUCUCAAAAGAUUUGUUUUUUCAUUUAUUGUUCUCUUUGUGUUGUGUUUAUUAUCUUAACGGUAGUUUGUAUGUUUCGUUGA